ACAAUGGAUGCCGUAACUGAGCCGCGUGAUAUUCCUUUCGCGAAGGAGACAAAACCAGCGGAUUCCAUAAAUCCGAUUGCAUCGAAACUUGUUGCUAAACCAUCAAAAAUUCAUACCAACCUUUCCAAGACUUCAUCUAAUGAAAAACGAUCUGUUGGUUUCAUUAUUCCUGAAAAAAAUAAUUCUCAAAAUGUUUCGACUGCGGUAGUAUUUGACGAUGAUUCUACCAUAGUUUCCACCCCUAUUGAUGAAUUUUUCCUGGAUUCACCCGGUGCUUCCUCAAUUGACAUUUCUGUUCGAGAUUUAACUUCUGAUAUUUUGGUUGCUCUCGUGGAUCGUGAUGUAGAAAUUAAAGAUCUUUUCGUCCGUAAUCAAGAUUAUUUUGAUUUUGUCAAACAAACUGCCUUCUCUUCCAAUGUUCGCUGGCAAGAAUUUCUUAACGUUCUAUUCUCGCCACGUGAAAAAAUUCCCGAUUUUGAUUGGAUGAACACAAUCUCUAAGUUAUUAAGUCCUCCACUUUUGGUUAAAUUCAAAGUAAUUGUUGGUCCGAUUGGUGAUAUGGAUAUCGCUUCUAUACGUGACUAUCCAAAAUCUUUGGAAUAUCUUGAAAAAUCUUAUCCUCAAUUUUUUGUCAAUGCCCGUCAAGUCUUGAGUCUAGAAAAUCACCGUAAAGGUAGCAUUUUAGGUGGAAAUCAUUUGACUGAUGAUAUACCUCUUCAGUCUGAAAAUGAUACCAUAGUUAACGGCAAUAAUUCUGUAACAACUCUCUACGAUGAAUUUAAAAGAAUUUUACUUUGUCCAAGAUCUGAAAUGGACGAUGUUGAAUGGGACAUUUCUAUUUAUGAACUUUUGGACCCUUGGCCACUUCUUGUUGCCCAGUUUGAAGAAAUUAUUGCUCAAGAAAUUAAAGAGUGA